UCUGAUGACAACGAUUUAUUUGUUUACUGCAUGCCAAGGGAGAAAAAUUGAUAAUUUCUUAAUUAACUUAUUUCGAAGUGUAUCGGCAAUUAUAUGCAGACUAAGGCGACUUUUUGGAUAUAUUUAUGAUUUUAAAGGAAAACUAAUCUAAGUAAGAUGUCAGGUUCUCUGUCUGUUGUAUCAUUUGAAGGAGAAUUAAAUGCCAUCGUCCAAGAGUACCUGGAAUUCAAUGGCUUUGAUAAAUGUUGCUCAGUUUUCUUGAAAGAAUGCGACCAAAAGAGCAAGCCUGUAGCCACUCACAGUAUCAAAUCUAAAUCUAAUCAAAAACUGGUGGCCAUACAGAAUGAAUUAAUGCAACACUUUCAUAAAGGAAGAAGAGAUCGGUUUUUCAAGGAAUGGAAUGACAGCCUCCAUCCUUCUGUUCGGGAUGGAGAUGCAGUUGCAAAGAAACUAGAAUUUUACUUGAACAUAUACUUUGCAAUUUUCCCAAUAAAAUUUGCUAGAGGACAGAGAGAAGCAGAUCGAGCCAUGGGAGACUUCAAGAAAUACCUGGAGACCAGGGGUGCCUCUUUAAGCCAGACUACAGAGUUUCUGCCUUAUUACGCCUUACCUUUUGUCCCAAAUGCCAAAAGUCAUCCGUCCUACAAAGAACUUUUCUCUGAUUCUUGGGUGAAGGACCUGGAGGUGCGAGUGGAAAAGUUUUUAACCUUGACAUUAAAAUCUAGACCACAACCCAAACUGUUUGAACUUUAUAGGGGUAACAAGGAUGGAGAUGAAUCAGACCAGUUUCAGCAAAUUUCUCGCUUGCAACAACAGCUGGUGGAUUCGGAGCGUAAAACAAUGUCUUACAUAAAACGACACAAUCGUGUUCAGGCUGAUUACCACAACUUAAUUGGAAUCACAGCUGAUCUAGUUGAUGCAUUGGAAUCCACUGUUCAAGGAAAACCUAUAACGCCAGAAUAUCUGCAAGAAAUAUGUUCUCGUCUAUUCAGUCACCAUGUCGCUGGAUCUGUCGAUUUCACCAGGCCCGGAACAGCUAGUCAAUUUCUCAGACAGUCCAUUGCUCCUCAGAUGCAGCCUAUGCAGGAGCCAGAUGCCUACCCACCACUUGACUUCCCCAAGGUCAAAGAAGACUUGGCUGGUGGACCAAACAAAAAGAAAGCACUUCUACUACAGGCUAUAAGAUGGAGGUUGACUCAGUCCAAUCCACAGCAAAGAGACACAACCAUGACUGCAUACAGAGACAACGACUUGCUAGGGUGUGCUAAAGCAGGGGCUCACAGGACGGCUGUGUUGGGUCUUCUGACUUCACCUGAUGACACAGUGAAACAGACAGCAGCCAGGCUCUUCAAUGCUUUUGCUUCCCUGUGUGCAGGUCGCACCUACUUAGCACAGAACCAAGAAUUGUUUAAAGCUCUUCUGGACAAUCUACACAGUGAGGAGAAAGAGUCCAUCACCAGAGAAAUGGUUCUAGGGGCCCUGCAGAAACUGAGUCUCAGGCGUAACCUGCAGUCCUCAAUGAUUGAUGCUGGGUUGAUUGAGUGGCUGGUAAAAGUUCUGGAAGAUAACGACAAUUUGUCUGAUUAUACUCUGGAGUACUCUGUCGCACUUCUUAUGAACCUCUGUCUUAGAACAUCAGGUAAAAAGCGUUGUGUAGGAAAUGCCCACCAAACCCUUAAAGUCCUCAGUGAUCUUUUGGGUCAUGAAAAUCAAGAAAUCCGUCCAUAUGUAAAUGGUGCCCUGUAUAGCAUUCUAGCUAUUCCAUCCAUCAGGGAAGAAGCUAAAGCCAUGGGUAUGGAGGAAAUCCUGCGAUGCUUUAUCAAAGAUGACCAGCCAGAUAUGAACCGACAAAUUGAAUUUAUCAUAAAACAGUUGAAUUCAGUGGAGGCUGUAGAUGAUAAUGAAUCAGAUGAUGAAGAAGAUGACGAGGAAGAGGAAGACCAAGACGCCAUGGAGUUAGAUUUAGACAAGGAUGAAGAAAUUCAGCUUGAUAACAGUGAUUCUACCGGAGAAAAACUUCUGAUAGAGGAGUACCAGGCAGUAGCCGGCUCAGCCAAGUCCAAGAAAAGGCAUAUAGACUCUGUUCUGAAUGAGCCUCUCCAGAGACCCAUCACGCCUAGUCAACGUCGAGCCUCCGAGCAUUCCUCAAUCAUUCAGAGUCGUCCCCCCUCCCAGCUGUCACAGAUUCCUGAGGGUAGAACAGACAUGUCCCGUCCCCCGACCAGGAGUGGAAGCCGCCCGAACACACAGGACGGACUCAGAUCCGCGUCAAGAGCUAGUCAGUUGAGCCAAGGCAGUGCUCGGGCCAGUAAGGAUGUUCCCGAAGUGAAGGAGUACAACCAAGCUUUCGGUUCUCGUCCCAAGAUUCCACGCACACCUGACGUAUCUAGUCUAGGGAAGCCUUCUGACUCCGCCAGCCAGGGACGAAACUCUCAGCAGAGUCUGGGCAAACUCUCACAGCACAGUCAAGGGCGAAGUUCCCUGCAGAGUCAGGGCAAAACCUCUCAGUCAAAAGUUCCCCGUACCCCAGAUUCCGGUAAACGCCCUACCAGCCGGGGGUCCAUCAGUGGAAUGCCUCCCCCUCAACCUCAGUACUCGGAAUCGGGACCCCGCCCGAGUUCAGCAGGAAAAUCAGCAAAUGGAUCUGAAAGUGGCACCGCACCUCCAUCAAGGAAAGGAUCUGUUGCUAGUCAAAGAGAAGUGCCUAAAACACCUGAGACAUAGUCAUAUACAUAGAAUCUAAUAAUUCAUAUCAUUCCAGUAUUGUCUAAUAACUGGAUCUUCUUUUUUAUAUUGUAUUAGUUGUCCAGGAAUUUACUUUAUUUUUAAUAAAAUUAAUAUAGAUUUAUUUAUAAAAGAUGUAAACUAUUUAGAACUAGAAACUAAAUGGACAUUUAUUUAUUCAAUAGAUAUAUACAUGUACAUGUCUAUACAUCUGUUAGGAACACAAACUGAUAGUUUCUUUAUGAUUACUUCAUUUCCAUACAUUGUUUAGAUUUUGACGUAACCUUUCGGUAUUUCUUUAAUGAUAUUUUCUAAUAUAGUGCUCAUAAGACUGUAAAUUGUGCUAAAUUAUUCUUCAUUUCCCAAUCAUACUUGUGAGAAGAGAGAACUUUUUUUAUAUUCACAAGUAAAUAGUACAUGUACAUGCAUUGUUUUUCUUUUAACGUUAAAAAAAUG